AUGGCGUCAGGAUGGGGAAUCACAGGAAACAAAGGUCGAUGCUACGAUUUCUGGAUCGAUUUCAGCGAGUGUAUGUCUACCUGCAGAGAACCCAAAGACUGUACUCUCCUCCGUGAAGAUUACCUCGAAUGCCUCCACCAUUCCAAAGAGUUCCAAAGAAGAAACCGAAUUUACAAGGAGGAGCAACGCAAACUAAGAGCUGCUGCCAGGAAAGGUCAAGAAGAUGGGGUUGUUAGUGAACAUCAUUAG